UUUAUCGAUUUAAAUUAAUAUGUAAAGAAAAAAAAAAAAUGCACACGCAAAAUAAAAUACGAGGAAAAUAAAAAGUCAAAGAAAAGUCUUUGUCAAUUAGAAUAUUUUCAUUGGCAAAAAGAAUGAACAAACUUGAACAAGAUAACAGACAAAAAUAAUAAUUUAUCUAUUAUCAUUAUGAAAAAUAAAAAUAUAAAAAAUCAAAAUUUAUAUGAUUUCAAUUCAUACACAAUUAAAUUAUUUAAUGUUCUUAGUUUUUUUAGAAUUUCACCGAGUAACAAUACUACAUUUUUCAAAAAAGCAUGUAGUACUUGUUUUUUAAUAUAUUUUCUAACUUUUGGAUUAUCAAUAUUGACUUUAGAAAUUAUUAAAUUCAAAGACAUCGAUGAUUUAGAUUCACUUUCUAGUAUUAUACCUGAAACUUGUUUUACUGCUCUCGGUGUAUUUAAAUGGUUUUAUUGUAUACUUAAUAUUGAUAAGCUUAAAAAAGUCUUAAAAGCACUUGAAACUUGUCACAAAUUAGGCUACAAAAUUAAUGAUAAAGAUAAAGAGUAUAAAAUUUAUCAUGGAAUAAUGUUGAAAGCUAAAAAAUCAUCAGAAUUAUUUAUGAUUUUAUGGUAUAUAUUUGUGGUAGUUGGAGUAUCUCAGUGGUCCACCAAUCCAAUAAUAAAAGAUUAUUAUAAAAAUUUAUAUAUUCAUAAAAAUAAUGAUUAUAAUAUAAGUUUAUCAAGAAGUUAUCCAGUUGAAAUUUACUUACCAAUUGAAGUGAACUCAUUUAAAAGAUAUGUAAUGUUAUAUAUCUGCAAUGCUUGUGCAAUUGUUGGUGCAGGUAUUGGAAUGAAUUCUUGUGAUAUUUUAUGUGUAUUUAUUAUGAUAUUUAUAAGUGCUCAUUUAAAAUAUUUAAAUGAUUGUCUUAUUGAUAUAAAAGAUUUAAAAUUAAUAAUGAGCUCUAAUAAUCCAUAUGAUGAAUUUAAAAAAAAAUUAAAAAAUUGUAUUAUUUAUCAUCAACAAAUUUUAGAAGUUUACAGAGUUUAUGAAGAUUAUUCAACUAGAGUAUUAUUUGUUCAAUGUAUAGAAAAUACAGUGGGUUUAUGUUUACUUUCAUUAAGAGCAUCAACAAUGAAAUAUUCUCCAAGUAUUGAUUUUUGGAUGCCUUUUACAAGUUUACUUGAAUACUCAAUAGGUAUUGCAAUUGAGUUAUCAGUAUUUUGUUAUUUUGGCACACAACUUGAAGAAUUGGGACUCAAAGUUGGUGAUUCAUUUUUUUCAUCAUAUUGGGAACGAUUGCCCCAACUUGACACUCAAAAAAUACUUUUAUUUGGAAUAAUAAAUGCACAAAAACCAAUUUUAAUAACCGGUGGACCAUUUUAUAUUUUGAAUCUGCCAACUUUUAAAACGUUGAUUUAUAUGUCUAUUUCAAAUGCCGUUGUUCUUCGACAACUAGCAGAGGAUUAA